AUGUUGGGUGCCGGUAUGCUCGGCACGUCGCCGAAGCACUUGGCCGCCCUCAUGUUCUGUGCAAUACCAAUCUUCUUCUUUUUCUUCUUCUUCCACACACCGACUUCCUGGGACUCAUCUUCCACAGUUCCACCCUCCAAGCCAUCGAAUCCCUGGUCCUCAAUCGCCCUAGCGAUAGAAGAUACCAAGGACUUGGCCGACCAACGUGACAUCUUCGACAGCACCCUCGAAGGUGGCGCAAGAAUACGUCAAGCGUGCAUGUUAUUCAGCAGUGAGGAUACCGCCCAUCAGAUGGGAGCGAACGCGGUGUACGAGCGAUCUGUGAGGACGCACCUCAAGCAUGCGGAAAAGUGGGGAUAUCCGAGUCAUAUUUUGAGAGAAGACAUAAUUGGGCACGGCAAAUGGGAGGUGCUGGUGUUUGGAAAGCUACUCUACCUGCAAUCAAUUAUCAUAGCGGAAUUGACAAAACCCAUUGGCAAGCGGGCCGAAUGGAUUGUAUGGUUCGACGCUGACACCAUCAUUCUCAACGAGAACAUUCCCUGGUCCAUAUUCCUGCCCCCACGAGAAGAUUUCAAUGACAUCCACUUCCUUGGCAACAAAGAUUGGCACAGCUUCAACUGCGGCCUCUUCAUGAUGCGUAUCAACGAAUGGAGCGUCAACUUCCUCAUUCAAGCCACAGCACUUCCGCUCCUAAGGCCUGACGUACCUCUCGGAGUCCCCAUACCUAACAUGGAACAAGACGCAAUGAGAUGGGUGCUGGAUCAGGAAGGCUACAAAGAACAUGCAGUCUAUCAGCCUCGACUGUGGUACAAUACUUUCGCUCAGGGGCCGGAUAAAGAACCGGAGACAAAAAUGGGAGACAUGUUGAUCCAUUUUCCUGGCGUCGAGCACAAAUACCCACUGAUGGGACAUUGGCUGGAUAUCGUGGAGAACGAGCCAGAGAAGGUCAACAUACCGCUUGCCAACUUGACACUACACAGCAACAUCAAAGGCUUCUGGGCAAACCUAAGGACCGCAAAGCAGGCUUUGCACAACGCAACGGAGUAUACGACGGCAGACAUCGUCGUGCAGCAGGUCUUCAACAAGCAUCCAGAGCUGGGUGACGAAUUGAAAGAGACUUCUAAGAGACUCGAGCGCUUGGUCUACGAGGAACCAUUUCAGCAAAAGGAAUUGAAGGAAGCUACGCUCUUGGUUGAUGCUGCGCUGAGCAGAGCGUCCAAUGCCAAGGCGGAGGCCGAGAGACAUGAGGCGCAACAGAAAGAGCAAGCGAAAGCCAAAGAGGAGAAGAAGAAGGAGGAAGAAGAGGAGGAAAAGAAGCAGCAGGAGGAGAAAGAGAAAAAGGAGCAGCAGGCAAAGCAGACAAAGCAGGCCAAAGAGCAGCAGCAAAAGGCUGGACAAGGAGACAAGCAGGCCGAGGACCAGCAGCAGGGAUAUCAUUGA